UUGGGGCUUGUAAACUCUUAAGAUAUGAAGCAAAGCAGCAGUCACUGAACAUCAGACUGGCUUUAUUUUUUGCCUGAUUUUCGGACUCUGCGGGUUAUAACUUCCAGAUCUUCAUAGCUGGAAUUCUGCAAAAAUGUCUUGUGUUUGUGGUAAGAGGAUCUGAACAGGGUACACAUAUUAAACAUGGAAGAAGAAGACGACGACUAUAUGUCUGAUUCUUUUAUUAAUGUGCAACAGGAUGUCAGGCCAGGAUUGCCAAUGGUGAGGCAUGUGAAAGAAGCUAUUCAAAAAGAAGAAAAGCAGAGAGAAGCUAACCAGAAAAAUAGACAAAAGAGCCUAAAAGAAGAGGAAAGAGAGAGACGUGACACUGUGUUGAAAAGUGCUUUAGGAAAUGAAAACAGAGGCUUUGCUUUGCUCCAAAAGAUGGGGUACAAAAGUGGGCAGGCCCUUGGCAAGAGUGGAGAAGGCAUUGUUGAGCCUAUUCCUCUGAACAUUAAAACAGGCAGAGGUGGGCUUGGUCAUGAAGAAUUACAAAAGCGGAAAGCAGAAGAAAGGCUAGAAAACUACAGAAAAAAGAUUCAUAUGAAAAAACAAGCAGAUGAAGAGGCUGCAGAUCAGUUUAGAAUGAGAUUCAAAAGCAAACAAGAAGAACGUAAGAUAGAAGGGGACCUUAGAAAAAGCCAGCGGGCCUGUCAGCAAUUAGACACACAAAAGGAUAUUAACGUUCCCAAGGAGAUUUGGUACUGGACAGAACCUGAGCAAGAAGAAAAAGAUCAAGAGGAGGAAGAAAAGGAUGAAUACAAAGGUUCAGACUUAAGUGUAAUAGAGAAGUUACAAAUCCUGACUGCCUAUUUAAGAGAAGAGCAUCUUUAUUGUAUCUGGUGUGGAACAGCCUAUGAGGAGGCUGCAGAUUUAUCUUCAAACUGCCCUGGAGAUAGUUCAGCAGAUCAUGACUAAAAUCUUUAUAAUAAAAGGAACGCUGGAAAAAUAUUGUUGAUUCACAGCAGUAUUUUAAAAUAUCUCCAUGGGACAUCAAGAAUUCACACAAGUACGCAGGUGGAAAGACAUAUUGAAAGGUUCAGAGCACACACUUUUGAAAGCACAGAAGCAUUUGUAGAUUUUGGAUUUUUUUUAAAGUGAAGCUAGUCAUUGAACUCACUAUUUAAUAGGAAUUACAAAUUUACAUAUGUACUUAAUGCAAAAUAAUUUAGGUUGAGGCAGGAGUUUUGCAGGUUUCUACCAAACUAAAAACUAGUUGGUACUAUCUCUGCAAUUCCAGUCUUGCACCUCAGAGGACAGGCAGCUAACUGCACCAAAUUGUUAUGGUUUAUUAUUUCUGUACGCCUCCAGUUGGAGGUACCUAGGUUCAGACUGCUAAAUUUGUGUGUGUGAGAGAUUGUGAACGGAUGGAGAUUUGAAAUGGACAGUACUUGACUUUGUAACCAACAUUUUAAAGGCUUCGUUGGGGAAAUAAACACUGCCCUUCGUUUCCCACAUAACAUAAAACAUGGAAUAGAAGAUAAUCAGUUGACAGUGAAUAUUGGUUCAGUCUUUAUAGUAUACAGUGUUAGACAAGUCAUUUAAUAUGCGUCCUCCAUGAGGAUGUCUGAUUUGAAUCUUAAGUUUAUUUUUUGUCAACAUAAUCGGCCAGACGUGAAUGCUGAUGGUUGAAAAUGGUCUGACCUUGUAUCAAUCACUAUUGCUUAAUGUAAAUGUGGAUGUUUGUAUAGAAACUCUAAAUUUCAUCAAUUUAGUGGGUAUUUUUAAAGUGUUUUGUUCAUAAUUAAACAGCUUUUUGUAACUA